AUGAGCAACGGCGGCAACACUUGCAUCCCGGACUGGGAGCAUGUAUCCUUUUCAUACUACAAAUAUGUCCCGUCCCUCGCUGCUGCAAGUAUAUUCGCGGCGCUCUUUUUCUUGUCUUUAGCAGGUCAUUCCUUCCAGUUGUUGAACUUUAAGGCCUGGUUUUUGAUGCCAUUGGUUGUGGGAUGUUUGUUUGAAUUUGUCGGUUUCAUCGGCAGAGCAGUUUCGGCAAACCAAAAACCAGGGUGCUGGACGGAGACACCAUACCUUGUCCAGACAAUGUUCAUUCUGCUUGCCCCUGCGCUCUUCGCGGCAUCAAUCUACAUGUCCCUCGGUCGAAUCAUUGAACUCCUAGAUGGAGAGAAACAUUCGAUUAUAAAACGAAGAUGGCUCACCAAAAUAUUCGUCAUUGGCGACGUAAUUUGUUUCCUUCUUCUCGCUGGCGGAGGCGGCAUGUUGACCUCCGCAAAGGACAACAAAUCCGCAUUUGACGCCGGUAACAACAUCAUCAUUGGCGGCCUCGUACUUCAACUUCUCUGGUUCGGCUUUUUCGUUGCCAUUGCCCUCGUAUUCCAUCGCCGGAUGAACCUGGCCCCAACAGCACGAAGUCAGCAGCAGCCCGAUAUGCGAUGGAGAAGCUAUCUUCAUGCCCUCUAUGUUGCCAGCACGCUGAUCAUUAUUCGAAACGUUUUCCGUCUCAUUGAGUAUUGCCAAGGCAGUGGCGGCUACCUACUGACCACGGAAGCUUUUGUCUACUGUCUGGACGCAUUGCCCAUGUUCUUAGUUGUUGUCUGGUUGCAUUGGAAGUAUCCCGGACAGAUGAGUCCUCUUCUCCAGAAGCAAAGCCUUUACAGCAAUCCCAUGCAGCAGAUUCCGGUGUAG